UAACAAUACAAUUCGCUCCUACGGCAUCAAUGCGCCAUUCUUUGAACUUCAUUUUUUCUUAUAAAAAAAGCUUCGAUUUGUUUUCUUUUAGUGAAAGAAAUGGCUGAAACUCUUAUGCAUGCUUUACAAUAUAACAGCUAUGGCGGAGGCGCUGCUGCUUUGAAGCAUGUUGAAGUUCCAAUACCCACUCCAAAUAAAGAUGAAAUAUUGCUUAAACUGGACGCAAUUAGUCUAAACCCAGUUGACUGGAAAAUACAGGAAGGGGUGCUUCGUCCAUUUUUACCUAGAAAAUUCCCCUGCAUACCUGCUAGUGAUGUAGCAGGAGAAGUCGUAAAGAUUGGACCAGGAGUUACAAAUUUCAAAGCUGGGGAUAAAGUUGUAGCCACGCUUCAUCAUUUUACCGGAGGUGGACUAGCUGAAUAUGCUGUGGCUAAGGAGAAUCUGACAGUUGCAAGGCCACCAGAAGUAUCAGCUGCCGAAGGUGCAGGUUUGCCUGUUGCUGGUCUCACAGCUCACCAGGCACUCUCCCAGGCAGCUGGGGUCAAGCUUGACGGAAGUGGCCAGCAAGUAAACCUCUUGAUUACUGCUGCUUCAGGUGGUGUAGGUCAUUACGCAGUUCAACUAGCAAAGCUUGGAAACACACAUGUAACAGCCACUUGUGGGGCUCGUAAUCUGGAUUUUGUCAAAAGCCUUGGAGCAGACGAGGUUCUUGACUACAAGACUCCCGACGGGGCAGCUCUGAAAAGCCCUUCGGGUCGCAAAUAUGAUGCAGUGAUCCACUGUGCAGCGGGCAUUCCUUGGUCUACCUUUGAACCUAAUCUAAGUUCAAAUGGGAAGGUAAUCGAUAUAACCCCUGGUCCUAGUGCUUUCCUAACUUUUGCUAUGAAAAAGCUUACUUUCUCAAAGAAGAAGCUGGAACCACUCUUUGUGUCACUUAAGAAGGAGAACCUCAAUUAUCUCGUUAACUUGGUGAAAGACGGGAAGCUUAAGACGGUAAUCGAUUCGAAGUAUCCCUUAAGUAAGGCUGAAGAAGCAUGGGCUAAGAGCAUUGAUGGUCAUGCCACUGGUAAGAUCAUUGUGGAGCCUUAGUCUAUAAAAUAUUACUUUAUUAGACUAACUGCAGUUAUAAGCAAUUAAAACAAUAACAGCGAUGCUUGGAGGUCAUGUUGCUUGUAUGGAUAAUUAGGAUUUGUGGACUUUGAAAAUUAUGUUUAUGAAAUGUAUCAUGUAUGGCUAAUAUUACAUUUUGGUUGCAAAAUUUUCUUCAUAUGUUGUAAGCUCUGUAUUCACAAA